CCUCUCUGUUUCCAUCUUUCUCUUUCUACGUUUCUCUCUCCUCUGUUUCUACAUCCUUCGUCGCUUCCCAUAUCCAACACACCAAAUCUUGAGGAAACCCUAACUUUUCCCCUUUUGUUCAGAUUUGGUGAUAUGCUAUAAUUUCAGAAUUGAUAAUCGAUUCAAAUCAACCCAUUAGGCAUCUUUAUCGUUUGUUUUGAACCUAAAUUUCAAUACUAAAUUCUAGGUUUCUCAUUGAUUUCUAGGGUUUUUGCGGAUCGUGGAGGUUUGAUUUGCGAUAUCAUAUGUUUGUAUUCUGAUAGAUCUAUUGGUUGAUUUGUGUUUAAAUGGCGAACGGUACCGAUACAGAGGAUUAUGUGGUGUUGUCUCGCGUUCGUCCGGGUUUGAAACGCGAAUUCGCUUUUGCGUUGAAGUCUCAAUCCGAAUACGCCGGUUCAAUUGGUCGGACACGGUCGAGGAGGCCUCAGAAUGGGUCUCUGGACAAUGGAGUUUUAAAGAAUUCGAGCACUAAGAGAUUAAAGAGCUCCGUUUCGAAGGAAACAAAGAAUGAUACAGAGAAACACUCAAUCAAAGAUGAUUCAGUUACAGAUAUGGAGAUAUCGAUGAAUAAUGAGGCGAUAAAUGGCAGUAAGGUGAGUGAUAUGAUUGGUGAUAUUGGCGAGAGGGUGAUAUCUCUUAGUGAUGAGGAUGAGCCGGAGAGUGAUGUUGUGGAUCUAAUAAGCGAUGAUGAGCCAAAGAGUACUUUGGUGGAAUCACUGAUCACAGCGGAAGAACCAAAGGAUGAGAUGAAGAUACCGGUGGAAGCUGGAAGCAUUGAUGAGGCAAAGACCAAUCUGGUUGAAGCCAUGAGUGAGAAGGAACCCAAGAAUGAUUUAGUGGAACAAAUGUGCAAAGAAGCAGCUGAGCCGGAGUAUCAAGUGAAGAAUUUUGCAGAUAAACCUCCAACAGAUGCAAAUUUGGAAAAGGUUGAUCCGCCAUGCAAUGGGAAAUACUCCGUGGAACCAGCUAUUCUGACUGGGAAUGGAAUUGCAGAGAAUGCUAUGCCUGGCAAACCUGUGAGUUGGGCUGCUGGUUCUGCGUCGAAAUCAAAUGUGGAAUUGGUGGAAUCAGCAGAGGUAUCUUUGACGGAAGAUGUAAAGACCGAAGAAGUUGCAGAAAGUGAAACAGUAAGCUCACUAGUUACACCAGCGAAUAAGCUUGAAAUGAAAAUGUCAAAAAAGAUUUCAUUGAAGAGAUUUCCCCCCAAGUUAAAGGAACUUCUCGACACGGGUUUGCUUGAGGGUUUACCUGUGCGGUAUAUCCGAGGCUCGAAGGUGAGAGCACCAAAGGAAACAGGGCUUAGAGGAAUAAUCAAAGGUUCUGGGAUAUUGUGCUCUUGUGAGAUGUGUGGGGGAGCUGAGGUUGUGACUCCCAAUCAAUUUGAGUUGCAUGCGAGUAGUUCAAAUAAACGUCCACCAGAAUACAUAUAUUUGGAGAAUGGUAACACCCUCCGCGAUGUGUUGAAUGCAUGCAAAGAUGCUCCAAUGGAUAUGUUGGAAGUAACUAUCCAGAAUACCAUUGGUUGUUCAUCUGGAAAUAAACCCACAAUUUGUCUGAAUUGCAAAGGGUCCAUUCCUGAAGCUGGCACUUGUAAAACAGUUCUGUUUUGUGAUUCGUGUAUGGCUUUAAAAGAGUGUCAACCUAGCCCUACUCAAAUGAGUGAUACUAGUGAUAGGUCACCGAUGUCUAUUCCAAAGUCAUCUGACAAAGUGUCCUAUAGUAGCUCGUCAAGGAGUAAGAGUCAUGGGAGGUUAACUCGAAAAGAUUUGCGGAUGCAUAGGUUGGUAUUUGAGGAAGAUGUGCUGCCUGAUGGAACUGAGCUUGGUUAUUAUGCUCGUGGACAGAAAUUGCUUGCUGGUUACAAGAUGGGUGCUGGAAUUUAUUGCACUUGUUGCCGCAGUGAGGUCAGCCCCUCACAGUUUGAAUCUCAUGCUGGUUUUGCGUCACGCCGGAAGCCGUACCUGCACAUUUAUACAUCAAACGGGGUUUCCCUUCAUGAAUUGUCAAUAAGUUUAUCAAAAAAUCGGAAGUUUUCUGCUGAAGAAAAUGAUGAUCUCUGCUCCAUCUGUGCAGAUGGAGGAGAUCUUUUGCUUUGUGAUACUUGCCCACGAGCAUUUCACACAGAGUGUGUUUCUCUACCUAGCAUCCCCAACGGUACUUGGUACUGUAAAUAUUGUCAGAAUACGUUCCAAAAAGAGAAAUUUGUGGAGCAUAACGCCAAUGCUGUUGCGGCUGGAAGGAUCGCAGGAAUUGAUCCUAUAGAGCAAAUAACAAAGAGGUGCAUUCGUAUUGUGGAAACUCCAGAUGCUGCUGAAGUUGGUGGAUGUCUGCUGUGCAGGCAACACGAUUUCAGCAAAUCAGGAUUUAGUCCUCGCACAGUUAUCAUUUGUGAUCAGUGUGAGAAGGAAUAUCAUGUUGGCUGUUUAAAGGAGCACAAAAUGGAUGACCUAAAGGGUUUACCAGAAGGGAAAUGGUUUUGUUGCAUGGAAUGCAGUAGGAUUCAUUAUGCUUUGCAAAAGCUGGUAGUUAGUGGGGAAGAGAAACUUCCGGAGACUCUGCUAAAUGUUAUAAAGAAGAAGCAUGAGGAAAAAAGCUCGGAGAAUAGUGCUAGUGCUGAUCUUGAUUUAAGAUGGAGGCUUCUCAGUGGGAAAACAACUUCUGAUGAAACAAGAGUGUUGCUUUCGAAGGCUGUUGCUAUCUUCCAUGAUCGGUUUGAUCCAAUUGCGGAUUCAAACACAAGCCAUCUUGAUCUCAUUCCGCACAUGGUUUAUGGUAGGAACUUGAGGGACCAAGAGUUUGGAGGGAUGUACUGUGCAAUACUAACAGCGAAUUCGUCAGUUGUUUCCGCUGGAAUUUUUCGUAUUUUUGGACAGGAAGUAGCCGAACUUCCUUUAGUUGCAACUACUAUUGAUUGUCAAGGACAGGGGUAUUUUCAGUCGUUAUUCUCUUGUAUUGAAAACCUACUUGGAUCCCUGCACAUCAAAAACCUUGUGCUCCCUGCUGCUGACGAAGCAGAGUCCAUUUGGACAAAAAAGUUUGGAUUUGCAAAGUUGGCAGAAGAUGAGCUGAAUAAGUAUAGAAAAGAUUACCAGAUGAUGGUAUUUCAAGGGACAUCUAUGCUUCAUAAACCAGUUGCACAGGUCGAUGAGAUAAAGAAUUUGUAAAUAGAAGGGUCACCGUCUUUUUGUGAAGUGUACAGGGGUCGCCGUCUUUUAUGUAAAGGAGAAAGGGGCAUUACCCAUAUGUUUUUUGGUAGCAAAUAGAAAAAGGUAGAAGAGAGAAGAAAUCUCAGCCCGUAGAUGAAUAUACACAGUAGUAGUUGCAGCUGUUACUGGAGGGACUAACCAUGAAGCUGGAGAUCAGAUAGCAGAGCUGUCAUUUUUUGUUUUUUGAGUAGGGGAUUCAAAUUCUUUUAUUCAGUGUUUUCCCGCUUCUACCGCAACUAAUCAUUCUUUUGAAUUCUGAAAUUGGAUCUGGUUCUGAAUCAAUGCAAGUAUGAUGAUGAUGAUGAUGAUGAUCUGGUUUUGAAUUAAAACCUAUAGCAAAUUUAAUACGCCUUCUGUUUAACGUCUAUCUUUUGUGGGGAGCUAUAAAUUGCUGUAUGUUUUGUGGUUUUAAGUUUUAUUCACUUUUUGUA